AUGUCCCUCAAAAACUUCAAAAAACAAGAACUCAAGGAUAUGCUCGAAAAGCUGAACCUGGACGCGAGCGGCUUCAAGCCUGAACUCGAGGAUAGACUCUCCAACUACCUCGAUUCGAAGAAGCUUGCCCUUGAGGAUAUUCCCGAGCUGGCUGAGCACUUCGAUUCGCCAGCCUCGCCAUCGACUGCCAGAAAAGCUCGCAAGUCGAUCGCGCACGCAACUGAAGACUCUGACUCCGACUUCAACAGCAAGUCACUCCUCAAGACGGUCGAGAAGUCAGUGUCGAAGCGCGUCAACAAACUUUCUCAAGAGCUGCACAAUGCAACAGAUGAGAUCGAGGUGUCGCCCGCCAAGGUGGCUCAAUGGGCCAAUGACACGAGCAGCAAAGUCUUCAACGCCAACAAUCUGCCCAAGAAUGUUUCGGCGCUGCCAAACAACGUCCGCGCUUCUCUCUCACGCGUUUCGACCGUGGCCUUGGGUAGUAUCGCCAUUGAGGGUCUGCGUCUCGCCAAGGCACUAAUCCCAAUCUCUUGGGAAGUCAAACUCGGAGGACUUGGUGCCAUCAGCUUGCCAGAUGUUUUUGUUUUCCUCCUUGGUGAUAAAUUCUGGAAGCCAGUGCUGGUGUGGUACGCAUUCCAGUUGAUUCCAUUCUUCUUGGCCAUUUUGUUCAACUUGCGCGCUGACAGCACACCUCGUCGUGGUCGUAAGCCAACACAGGCUUCGUAUGUCGCUGACCCUGUGACAUUCGCUGUUGCCAAGUUGCUGUUGGUCUACCUUGCAUACAACACGACAUGGGCCUCGUACUUUGGUAUCAAGGAGCUUGCACUCAUCCAGAUGACGGUCGGUACGGAGACCAUGAUCAUUGGCAGCAGUAUCACGUUACUGUUCGCACUCUAUGAGGCGGUCUUGUAG